CUUUUUCUCUCUUGCCCCCUCCUUCCCUUUCAAUUUGCUAAUCUCUCAAGCCUCUGUUCUUCUCCCAAACAAUUUUUCAGCAGUGUGUAGGAGUGGGUGAGUCAGGGACAGAGCAAAGAAAAAGGGGAAGGGACUUUCCCCCCUUCCACUGCUUUUCUCUGUUAUUUUUUUUGGAGAAGUCAGCUUUUUUGGAAAGCGGGAAGCGCUUUGGAGAAGUUGACCGGGCAAGUUUUGUUAUGAUACCCCUUGCUAUAGAUGUAGACAUCAUCAAAUUUGCUUCGGAAGCCAGAGCAGAAAGAGCAAGGGAUUGGCAAAGCAUGGAAAGGGGGGGGAAUCAGGUGCAAGUUUUGAAAGGCUGCUGAGGCGCAAGAGAGUAGGAAAUCAACGCUCAAAGUGGCAAGUCAAGCCAAACUUAAGCUGGAAAUUUGAAGGAAAGAACAUUUUAUUGGCAUUCUUUUAUUUUUGUGAUACAGACAAAUGUUUCGAGCUGGGAAAUUAUUCUGAAUUUCCACAAGGAGUUUUUUUUUUAAAUAAAAAAGUUUGGAUCCAGCCGUUCUCCUGGGUACUGACUUCACCGAAGAUUUCGUCACUUGUUUUUGGGAUUCGGCUCCAGCGGCAACCUUCUCCUUCGUCUUUUUAAACUUCUCAGCGAACUUGGGAGAUAUUUGAGAGUUAAACUGUCCCUGCCUCUUCCUGGGCUCCUCUGCCAAUGAGCCCCUAGAGUUUUUGGGGAGCUGGGAUUUGUUGGGGGACUUCAGUUUUGGAAAAUGGGUCAACUUGGCCGAUCUUUUCUCUCCUGCCUGCUGGCUUUGUGGAUAAGUAUCGGCAACGCACAGGAAGCCGUCGUCUUCCAAGAGAGCCCUUCGAACCUGACAUCUUCCUUGGGCAAGGACAUCAAGCUUUUGUGCUCCGCCCUUUCCCUUGGUGAACCGCCUGAGAUCAGUUGGCUGCGGGACGGAGCCGCCCUGGACUUGGCCGACAGUAACCAGGUGCAGUUUCCCUUGGACGAUGAAGAGUGGGUGACCACCAGCGAAUUGAGCAUCUCUUCUGUUCAGCUCUCAGAUAUGGGGAACUACCAGUGCGCGGCCUCGGUGAACGGAUCCGAAGUCCUCUCUGAAAAAGCCUACCUGAACCUGGAAGGUCUCCCCUUUUUCACCGAAGAGCCCCAGGAUCUGGAGGUCACAGUCAACGCCCCUUUCAACCUCAGCUGCAGGGCUCAGGGCCCCCCAGAACCAGUGCGGGUGAUCUGGCUGCAAGACAGCGCCCCCCUUAACUCCUUGAACGACCCGCAGGCACGGACGCCUUCCAUACUGGCGUUGAGAGGUCUGAAUCACAGCGCAUCGUUCUCAUGUGAGGCCCACAACGAUAAGGGGGUGGGCACAUCUCGGACUGCAAAGGUGACAGUGGUACCUGGGCGGCCAAGUGCCUUAUCCCUCCUGCAUCGUAGCGACCACCACCUGGAAGUGACGUGGGAACCAGGACCGAGUGGGGCCUACGCUCUUGAGUUGUGCACCAUCCAGGCUGUGCGCUCGGACGAGGACCUCAGCACUGUGUCGGACCGGGAACUCUAUAACCAGAACCUCCACGUCCCCCCGUUCAGCCACACCCUGGAUGGCUUGAGCCCCUUUACCACCUACCAUGUACGGGUGUCCUGUCGCUCCCGAGAAGGCAACUCCCCGUGGACCCACUGGGUUGCUAUGGAAACCCUGGAAGGAGUGCCCACCACUGCGCCAGAGAACAUCAUGGCCACACAGAAUGGCACCUGCACCAUCGUGCAGUGGCGAGAGCCGCGUGGCGUCAUCAACGGGAUCAUACGUGGAUACAAGCUGGUCUGUCAAAGCGGCGACUCGCCCGAGGUGGUUGUGGAUGUGGGCCUGACCAACGAGACCAUCUUGAACCUGAACAAAACAGUACACAAUCUGACCGUCCGUGUCGCGGCCUACACACAAGCAGGAGAUGGUCCCUGGAGCAAAGCCAUCAUGGUUUCAUCUGGGGAUGUCGAUGAACUGCCGCAGGCCCAGCCAGUAGAAACCUCCGCCCCUGCCUUCUCCUGGCACUGGUGGUACGUGGUAAUUGCCAUAGCCACGACCUUCGCCGCCGCCGCCUUCAUAAUCAUCUUCUUGGCGCGGAUGAGGAGGAAGGAAACACGCUAUGGGGAAGCGUUUGAACCCAGCAUGGAGCAGGGAGAGCUGGUGGUCCACUACCGAGUCCGCAAAUCCUACAGCCGCCGGACCACUGAAGCCACUUUGAACAGCCUGGGCAUUAGCGAGGAGCUGAAAGAGAAGCUGCGAGACGUCAUGAUAGAUCGCCACAAGGUGGCCCUGGGGAAAACCCUCGGUGAAGGGGAAUUUGGCUCUGUCAUGGAGGGGCAACUCAGCCAAGACGGGGCGGUCCUUAAGGUUGCCGUUAAGACCAUGAAAAUUGCCAUCUGCACCCGUAGCGAGAUGGAGGAUUUCCUCAGCGAAGCCGUCUGCAUGAAGGACUUUGAUCACCCUAACGUCAUGAAACUGAUCGGAGUUUGCCUGCAGAACACAGAGAGUGAAGGAUACCCCUCCCCGGUUGUCAUCCUGCCCUUCAUGAAACACGGAGACCUGCACAGCUUCCUGUUGUACUCCCGGCUUGGCGAGAGCCCGGUGUACCUGCCCACACAGACGCUGGUCAAAUUCAUGACGGACAUUGCUAGCGGGAUGGAGUAUCUCAGUAGCAAGAACUUCAUACACCGCGAUCUCGCUGCCCGCAAUUGCAUGCUGAACGAGAGCAUGACGGCUUGUGUGGCUGACUUUGGCCUCUCUAAGAAAAUCUACAACGGUGAUUAUUACCGGCAAGGCCGUAUCUCCAAGAUGCCUGUCAAGUGGAUCGCCAUUGAGAGUCUGGCCGACCGCGUUUACACCAUCAAGAGCGACGUGUGGUCGUUUGGCGUUACUAUGUGGGAGAUCGCGACUCGAGGCCAGACGCCGUACCCAGGUGUGGAAAACAGUGAGAUCUACGACUACCUGCGUCAGGGCAACCGACUCAAGCAGCCAAUCGACUGCCUGGAUGGCCUGUACGAGCUGAUGAUGAGCUGCUGGGCCCUCAACCCCCGCGACCGCCCUAGCUUUGAGAUCCUGCACCAAGAGCUGGAGAAAAUCCUCAAGUCCCUCCCUCCAGCCAAGGACCCGGAAGAGAUCCUCUACGUCAACAUGGACGACGGCGUGGCCCCCGGAGAGGCAGAGCUGGGUGCCGUCGGGGGUCUGGGCCCCGAGGAAGCGCCAGCCAAGGAGAACCAGUCGCUCAAGCCCACGGUGACGGCAGCCGAAGUCCACCAGCCCCAGGCCAUGGGCCGCUAUGUCAUGUGCCCCACCCCUCAUGAGAGCAGCCGGCUACUGACGGACCCCCCCAGCUGCGCUGCUACCGAGGAAGGAGCCUGAAUGGGAUGAGGCGACUUAUUUGUUGUGGCUGGGGGGGGAGGAGGGGGAGGUUGCAAGCGGCCCAACUGGUGCAGUCCCUGCAAGCUUUGGAAGACGACCCCCCAUUUCUGAGGAGAGGGGAUUCAUUGGGGACUCCACAAGCUGAGGCGCACCUUCCUCCUCUCCCAAAAUGAGCCACACUGCCCUGCUUUUGCCACAAGGGUCUUCCUUCCCCAAUCAACCCCCUCCGGGGGGGGGGGAGUUUGAACUGACCGAUCUCUGAGUAUGUCUCACGGCUGCCGUUGCCUUGGUACAUGCAUUGACAGUCAUGCUCCACACCACUGGCCUGAGGCCCGAUACGUACUCUAGACUAUGAUGUUGGCAGAAGGGGGGAGUCCAUCUCAGGUUACAGGGGCCAGGGUGGGUGGGAGGGGACAUACAGUGGGGAACCCGACAGGACCGGCAGCUGCACCUUUUUCUCCUCCGCACGUUAAAGGGGCCUUAGCAAUGUGACCUCCCGUCCCCCAUCUGCAACUCCAUGGUCCAUAUUUAGCUCGCUAACACUGAGGUCUCAUCCACACUCCUGCUUGCCCCAUGCCUAGAAGGCAUGAAUCUGAGUGAUUUUAACUUGCUUUCCCCCAGAAAGCCUGCUCUUCGGUGCCAAUUCGGAGCAAAUGUCAGUCCGGAGAAAACCUGGUGGACAUUUGCCCCAGUUUGGUGGGGCAAGGGGGGGAUGAGCCCUCGCCAAUGGUACUAAGGUGUGUGUGUGUGUGUGUGUGUGUGUGUGUGUGUGUGUGUGUGUGUCCCAGCUCCUGCCUCUUUCAUGUUGGGUCUGGCACACAGCUGCUGAGCAGACAGAGCAUAGAUUUGCUAUGAAGGAGAGAAAAGUCCGGCUGCUCAGUUUUUGUGUUGUUAAAGAGGAGCAGCACAUUAACCAAAAGUGGGGGUGGGGGGAGGUGUCGGUCCUAAUUGCAGCCAUCUGAAAGCAGUACACACUUAGUCCUCCCCCCUCCUUAUUUUACUACAGUGGAACCUCGGUUUACGAACACCUCGGUUUAUGAAUUUUCACUUUACGAACGCUGCGGACCCAUCUGGAACAGAUUAAUUCACUUUCCAUUACUUUCAAUGGGAAAGUUCGCUUCAGUUUAUGAAUGCUUCAGUUUAUGAACAGACUUCCGGAACCAAUUACACCCAUGCUUCGGGUUAAGUACGCUUCAGGUUGAAUACUUCGCGGACCCGUCUGGAACGGAUUAAUCCACUUUCCAUUACUUUCAAUGGGAAAGUUCGCUUCAGUUUAUGAACGCUUCAGUUUAUGAACAGACUUCCGGAACCAAUUGUGUUCAUAAACCGAGGUACCACUGUACCAGCUGUUUCACUGCCAUGUCUCCCAGGUUGCAUUUAGGCCGCUGGAGAUGAAUUAAACAGAGGUUCUGGAGGGCUCCUGUCUGAAGGAGCUGCAACAACGGAAAUUACUCAGUUUGUGCACAGACGCACGCUUUUUUAAAAAGUUGCUACUGCUCGGGAGCCACCCCUAGUUUUUAAAUCUGACCCCGGAGGUUAUUUUGAUGCAGGUUUCAGCCCGACAGACCAACCCACCCUGUCCACACAGCACCAAAUUCUCCUCAACAGGUUAUCAGGGGACGUCUGAUCAGCCAUAGCUGAGUUGCGCAGCCCAAUCCUCUGGGAACCCGUUUGCCCUGGGGGCAAAGAUCCCGCAGGGCACAGAAGCCAUACCCAGGUGGGCGACUCAGAGGGAUCCGAAGGUGUAUUUUUAUAGCAUAUUUGAGAUGGGAGAAGGAAACAAGUUGGCCUUCAAGUCUUCACACCCAACUAGGCCAGAGCUUCCCUGGACUGGUGAGUUUAGCUAACUUUGCUAGAAAUGUGAAGGUUGUCAUCUUCAGCCCACCCUGUCAAAGACUCUUUGCCUUUCACCGAUGCAGGCAGAAACUCAACAGGUAUACCUUUCCCCCAUUCCCACAUCUCUCUGCUGGAUGCCUGCCCAUCGUGCAGAUGUUACAAACCCUGUCUGAUCACAACCAGCCCACCUGCCACUUGGAGCAAACAUCUGGACAAGAAUUUCCCGAGUUAUUCAGACGUCUAAAGCAGCAUCAGCAGGCUUUGAUCACCAACGACCUCUGGGUGUGAAAUGGACAAUAUUAGUGGGUGCAAUCAGAGUAGGAUUCCCUGUCUCCAACCUCCUAUCAUUUCACUGGGGCUUGUAUGAGAAUCCUGUGGGGAAAACCCCAGGGAAAUAAGUGGAGGUUGCCCAAAAAGAAUUAGCUACUCGUAUGCUCCUUUCUGCUAGUGACAAACCCACUCUUUGCACCAGUGCACAUGCCCACAAUUGCCAGUAAUCGCUCCCCCCCCCCCCAGAACAUCACAGCUCCACUGAAGGAGAAAACAACUCCAUAUUUCAGAGGGCAAGUCCCAGCUCUCCAUCAGUUCAAUGACACUCCAUAAAUCAGACCUGCCAGCUGCGGAGUACCUUGAUUAAUGAUAUUUUCAUCUGGGAAGACAGUCCCUGAAGCUCCCACCAGUCACAUGCAAUUUAGAGGGAAUUCAUGGAUUCUGUUUUGGACAUUAUGGUAGCUUUCUCUUUCUAACUCAGAUGGGACGGAACUGCUCACACCAGUAAUCACACCAUAAUGGUUCGUUCUUUCCGGCAACCUCCCAGGAAUGAAAGCCAGACUAGGGAGGUGGUAAACUGAAUGCAUGUUUUGGCAAUUUCUUAUUGCAUGUUCACGGUCACUUGGGCUGGAAAUACUUUCCAGCUUUUCCUGAGAGCUGAAGAUGGAUGGCAAAAAGAAAAAGACAAAUGUUCAUGCUAUGCACGCUCAUCCGAUUUGCAGGUUUUGCAGGCUUUCAUGUUUCAAAACCUGCCAUACCUGUUCGGUCAGAAGAACCAGUGCCACGAAGAACUGUCCUUUGGACCACUUUCAGCUCUCUUGAAACCUAUUGUCUGGCUCCAGCCUUAAAUUGAAGGCCUUUCCGCACAGUGAUUCCUAUUUUAUUUUAUUUGCACAAUAAAUGCACAUUUCGUUAC